AAGCUCCGCCCACCCCCGAUCGCCCGUCCGCAAUCCCCCUUCCCGCCACGACACUCUGAAGCUCGCAGCAUUCACCCUGGAAUAGUAAACUGUGGCACCUUUGGACCGAGGAUCAUGCAGAGAGCUUCACGCCUGAACAAAGAGCUGAAACUGCUAGCCACAGAGCCUCCCCCAGGCAUUAUGUGCUGGCAAGAAACAAGCCAAAUGGAUGAACUCCGAGCCCAGAUCCUGGGUGGGGCCAACACACCCUAUGAAAAAGGAAUCUUCAAGCUGGAAGUGGUCAUCCCCGAGAGGUACCCCUUUGAACCCCCGAAAAUCCGCUUUCUGACUCCCAUAUAUCAUCCCAAUAUUGACUCCGCUGGAAGGAUUUGCCUUGAUAUCCUCAAACUUCCCCCAAAGGGAGCCUGGAGGCCAUCGCUCAACAUUUCCACAGUGCUGACCUCCAUCCAGCUGCUCAUGUCAGAGCCUAACUCCGAUGACCCUCUCAUGGCUGAUAUAUCCUCGGAGUUUAAGUACAAUAAGCCAGCUUUCCUUGAGAAUGCCAGGCAGUGGACAGAGAAGUACGCGAGUCAGAAGCAGAAGUCCAACAAGAGUGAGGAGGAGGGGAGCCCAGUGGAGACCAGAAAGCCCUCAGUGCCUGCAGCCACCGAGAAGAGAAAAGGCGACAAGCUGGAGGGGCACAAGAAGAAAUCUCGCCUGGACGUCUAGACUCCGUGUUUAAAGACCAUCACCCUAAUCCUUGUUCUUCCUCGGUGUUUCGCUUUCCGCCAGUGUUUUGUCCCUAGUUCUGUUGAGUGUUAUUCUUUGUUUUCCAGGAGAUUGGAUUUUUUUUCUAUAAAACAUGUUCUGUUUAUUUAUGUAUACUGCAAAAGAACGAUUCUCCGAAUAUCGCUUAUUUAUUCUGUACAUACGUAUUUUGGUGCUUUUAACAUGAAAAAUAAAUAACACGAAGUUGGGAUAAGCA